UUUUGACAUUGACAGUCCCCGAUUGAUUGGCUCUCAAAUUGUCAACUAAUUUUCGUACUUUGUAUUUUAUUAAUAUUUUAAAUUAUGAGUUAUAUUAAAACUGCUACUCUGUAAAAUAUAUUGUUUCCGUUGCUUCAUCUCUUUUCUUAUCAACUCCUUACUUCUCAACAAUGGACGGCUAUACAGCAAAAAAAUCAACAUCAUUCGAAACUUUAGUGAUUCAAAAUAUAACCAAUGUCAACGAAUUGAAGGCAAAACUCAGCGGCAUAAUUCUAGCAGGCGAAGAUUAUCAAUACGACGUUUCCGACUCUAUGAAAGUCUUGCUUACAAGUACUGAUCAAGACAUAGUGCAGUUGUGCAUAGAAGCGAUUGCAGAACUUGUAAAAUGUGAACAGAAACGCGAUUCAUACGCUAACAAAAACAUCAUUGGCCCUAUUUUGGAUCUGUUGAGGAAAGAACAUGUUUCAGAUAAUAUUGAGCCUGUCAAACAGUGCUGCAGAGCUCUCGGCAAUCUGUGCUGUGACUGUGACACAUCUAGGCGAUUGAUAGUGAGCUUGGAUGGUAUACCGCUACUUGUGAAAUUGCUGGAGAGAAGUAUUGACCUGCGGCUAGAUGAGAUACAAACGUUGGCUAGCAAGACACUACUGAACUUUGCAAUUGGUGGGGCUGAGUUCACAGAGAUAAUAUUCCAAGCAGGAGUAGUUGAUUUGGUGCAGAGGAUGCUAAGUAUAGAACUUAAGAGGGAUGAUUUUGAUGAUGACACACUGUCUACAUGCUUGUUGAUAUUGAGUGUGAUAAAUGACAACACACCGGAGUUGCUCUACAGCGAAGUGGUGAACAAGACCAUAUUGCAGGUGUUGAGGGAUUCCCUUAAUAUGGAGAUCUCUGAACUGUGUCUGGAUCAUUUGCAUGCACAGGCUGAGCAUGAGUCAGUGAAGACAUUGAUUGCAAAAGAAGGUGGUGUGCAGCUAGUGUGUAACCGCCUUGAAGAGUUGGUGGCUCGACAUACUGCAGGGGAACUCAAUGCUGCCGACACUGAAGUAGAGGCUCUCAUGAAACAGGCCUGUGAACUGGUCAUCAUUGUGUUGACUGGAGAUGAAGCAAUGCACAUCCUGUACAACAAAGGUGUCUCGGAGGUUUACCAAACAGUAGUGAAAUGGCUGGACUCUCCGAACCACCAGUUGUUGACUACUGCAGUGCUGGCCAUAGGCAACUUUGCAAGGCAGGACGACUACUGCACACAUAUGAUGGAAGAUAAGAUAUUUGACAAGCUGCUGGAUAUUUUCGAGGUCUACAAUAACUUCAGCAUUCAGAUUCAGAAGGAACCAGAGAAAAAGCACCCUAUUGACCCGAUAACAGUGAUCAAACUCCUUCACGCGGUGCUCUCGUCGCUGCGGAACUUGGCCGUGCCCGUCGCCAACAAACGAGUGGCGGCGGCGCAGGGCAGGGCUGCUCCCAUGUUGUUGAAUGCGUUGCCUACUACUGAAGACCAUCAUGUAGCCUAUAAGCUUCUUGCCACCAUCAGAUUACUUGUUGAUGGUCAAGAGGGUGUAGCGAAGCAGUUGGCGAACAAUCCGGUGGCGCUGGCGACGGUGGCCAAGUGGGGCCACGCGGCCGAGUACGCCGGCGCCGCGGGCGAGGCGCCGCGCCUGCUCGCCUGGGCCAUCAAGCAACUGCGGCACCACUCGCACUGGAGGCACAUUGUUGAGGUGGAUGGCUGUAUAUCAAGUUUAGUAAACAUGCUCGUGGCGUCCCACUCACUAAUGCAGAAUGAAGCCAUUCUCGCCCUGACACUGCUUGCAAUAGAAUCACUCAAGAAACUAUCACCUGACAGCCAAACAGAGUUCGAUUACGAAAAGAGCUUUGUCGAACAGCUAAUAAAGUCGGAAAUCGGUAAGCAUGUCACCAUACUCAUAGACACAAAUUGUGCAAAAAUGCCCGUUGAGGUGGCUGAGAAUUUACUCGCGUUUCUGGACAUUACGUCGAAGAUAAACAAACUUGCUUUGGAUUAUAAAGAUGCUAAAGUUCACGAAUGUUUAAUGAAAUUCUCAGAUUCAAGAGCUGAUCUGACACCUGACAUGAAAUCAUGUAUUUUUGGUGUUUUCUCAUCUAUUACUAACAAUGGGAAUAAAACUGAUUAAAUUAUCAUCUCAGAAAAAUGUGAAGAUACCAAAAAUACCAAAUAUUUUAAGUUUGAUAUCAAAAUUAUGAAUGAUUUACUAUGAUUGAAUGCGAAUGUUGCAACAUUAUGAAUUCAAACCGUUUUGUUCUAAUUAUUGUGACGUAACUUGGGACAAAGCAAAUAUGGCGGGUCUGUGGUCACUUGGUCAGACAUGGAAGGUCCAUCAAAUCCUUAAAAUCCAUAGUCCCUGUAUAAAGUACUUAUCUGGCCCAAGCCUAAGUAACAACUAUUUGUAGUAAAUAUUAAUUUUCGAGCAAUUAUUUAAUCAAUUCUUAGUCUAUGCAUGUGUGAUAAUCAUGAUAAAAAUAUUUUUAAUUCUAAGUGGUUAAUCACUAGUUUAAUCAUUUAAAUAUUAUUAUUAUUCUUAAACUUAUUUAGAUUUGUGCCCGGUUCUUGUAAUGCAGAACUAAGCUAAUGUACCAAUGAGUGAAGCCAAACUGUUCCUCUAUAUUUAAAUCAUCAGAAAGUAAAGGAACCGGGCACUUGUAAAUCAAGAUAUUAUAUUAUUAUAAACAAUCCUCCUACAAUUUUGUAAGCUUUUUAAAACUCUCUCUAGUCAUAGUUUUAAAUCUUUCUCUAUUUGAGUAAAUGCUAGAAUUUUGUGCAUUUAAACUUUACUAUGUAAUGUUUAAGCGUAUUUUCGUAUGUAAGACGAUUAUUUUUGCGAUUCUCUCAAGUUUUUACAUUCCAACAUUUGAAACUUUGCCUAUUACCUAUUAUACUGUCGAUGUUAUUAUCCUAUUUGAUGAUAGCUUGCUUGUGGACUAGAUCAGAAAUUAAUGACAAGUUUCAUUUACACUACAGAAAGGAUACAAUCAACUGUUUCUUCUCAAACAUAUCUAUCUACUUUCCGCAUGCAUUACUUUCUUAAAUUUUACUCUGCCAAAUACUUUUGGAAGUGUACACAUUAUAAAGAAACGAAAUACUUCUUGUAACUUUUGUUAUCUGACUUAAUUUCGUACACACAACAAAAACAGUUAAAUUAAUUUCUGAUCAAAAUAAAUAAGAAAAUGUAUGGUUGUAAAAUGUACUAAUUACAAAUAGAUGACAGCGAUUCUAAAUAAAUACUCAAAGUACAAUGUAGGUUCACAUAGUGAAUCAUAUGGAAAUGUUGAAUUAUUCCGAUUUUUCGCAAAUAUUGCUUAAAUAAUAAUAUAAAGUCAAAGUAACGAAGUUAGCGUGGACACGCCUCUAGAUAUAACUUAGACAAUACAUAAGACAUACCGUGAAAAUUUGUAGUAUUUUAUAAUGUAUGCAGUGAAGAUGUACUUUGUCAAUACAAAGAUACAAAUGAUCUAUAGUUAAAUACCGAUUCUUUGAAGAUGUAAUUGUGUUUUAUUAUUAUUUGAAAUUAUUUCCAAUGUUGUACUUAAAAUAUUUUUUUGUUUUUGAAAGAUAUUUUAUCAAAUUGUUACCAUCAUACUGAAAAGCUAAGUAUAUACUAGAGGCAUGUCCCUUUAUAUUCACUUUAAUCCUAAGAAUUUUGAUAAUCCGAUAGUGCACUUAUUGAAUAGUUUGGAUUGACGCUUGACUUGUGGAAGUGUACAAUUAGAUACCCUAGAAUGUCUAGACUACGCUGAAUGUGUGUUCACUAAUGUACUACCUAGGUUUAUUUCGUAUUUCAGUCAAUAUUCAUAGAUUUUCCUUAAUUAUUGAGCCGGGUGAUCUGCUAAUUUACGCGUAAGACGUUCGUCACAUCAAGCGGGUUGAUAUAGGGUCUAACUAAUAUAAAAAUGUUAUUAUACAUUUUAUUUACGGCUAGCGAAAAAGCUCAGCUUUUUGUGUUGGCCACAUAGUGACGGAUUUUUACUUUUAAGUCUAGUUUUUUUUUAUUAUAUUUACCUUAUUCAAAGUGCAUUACAAGGUCUAAUCAUGUUAAUUUUAAUUAAUGUAAGUAUUGAUUUUUUACACAAUGUCUUGGAAUAUAGCUUAUUAGAUGAUACAACAUUAUAGAUUAUUUUUAAUGGAUUUUGUUCUUGAUUUUGAACACUAAGCCAUCAAGGCCUAAUCUAGUACCCAACUUCUGAGCAAUAUCUUUGGUAGAUGUUAGUUUAACGAAUAAAAGUGCUAUUUUCAAUUAAGUUAUUUUAUACUCUAGACACCACACGCCAUAAUUAGUUGAAUAUAUUGUUUUUAUUUGCAAAUAUUAACUUUAGGUCCGACCAGAAAAACAGUGUCCAAAUAUAUAUCUUCUUAGUUUGUAAGCUUAUUAUGUAAAAUAUUUUAUCCUUUUACUUAAAUUUUAGUAUUAAUAUUAAUUGUUAAAUGUUCUUUACAAAUGUAUCAACAAAAAAUGUUGCUCAAUUGACACUUUACUAAUUCAAAGAUAAAUGUUAUCACACUUUUAAUAUUAUUCUCAUUCUAAGCACUUCUAUUGGUCAAUUGAACUUCUUAACUAUUACUUUUUUGUAUUUUUCUGGUCGGUUUUAACUAUUAGUAUAUUGUGCUUGUUAGUAGUCAAAUAAUCUUGUUAAUGCACUUUUAUUGAUAUAGUUUUAUGGACCAAUAUUUAUAAAUUAUUAUCUUCAAUAUGUUGUCAUCAAGAUUAGGAGCCAGUUUGUAUAUUUUUUUCCAUUUACUAAUUUUAUUAAGCCUUUCAAGUGUUUAUUUCAAAGCUGAGAAAGGAAUGAAAGAAUGAACUAUGUAGACAUAAUUGAUUCCAUAUUAAAUUACAGUAAAUAUGUACUAAAAUUAACUUAAAAUAUUUUUAUGAAAUCUAGUAUUUCAUAGAUAUGAAUUUUUCAAAUAACACCAAAUAUUAUAUUUAAUGGGACUAAUCUUGAAGAUACAAAUAUUGAAUAACAAAACGCAUUAUAUAGAUUUAGAUAUUAAUAGAUUUUCGCUAAAAUACAUUAUAUUCUACAUGUA